AUGAAGGUUGUAGCGUUAAUAAGCGGAGGAAAAGAUAGCUGUUUUAAUAUGAUGCAUUGUGUUGCAAAUGGUCAUCAGAUUGUAGCAUUAGCAAACUUGAAGCCUCUUACGGAUUCUCAAAAAGAUGAACUUGAUAGUUUUCUUUAUCAAACGGUUGGCCAUGAUGCUAUCUCAUAUUAUGCCGAAUGUAUGAAUUUGCCUUUAUACAGACGUGAGAUUUUUGGCCAGUCAUUAAUACAAGAGUCUGAUUACAAACAGACUAUCGGUGAUGAAACUGAAGAUUUGUUUGAAUUAUUGAAAGAAGUUAAAGAAGCAAAUUCUGAUAUUCAAGGGGUUUCUGUUGGUGCAAUAUUAUCAAAUUAUCAACGUGUUCGUGUUGAAAAUGUAUGUAAUCGUUUAGGGCUUAUACCUAUUGCGUACCUUUGGAGAAGAAGUCAAAAAGAAUUGCUGUCUGAAAUGAUUAAUGCUAGGAUUAAUGCUAUAUUGAUUAAAAAUGAAAAAUACGAUGUUCAUAUAUGUGGGGAAGGAGGUGAAUAUGAGACAUUUACUUUAGAUUGUCCAUUAUUUAUCAAAAGGCUGCAUGUUGAAGAAAGCGAAAUAAUCACGCACUCUGAUAAUGCGUUUGCAGAAGUAGCUUAUCUUCGAUUAAAAAAAUUAAUUGUGAUGGAUAAACCAGUUAACAGUGCUAUUAUGAACUUGAUUAAAGUUCCUGCAUGGGAUGAUGACUUUGAGAAUGUUUUGAGUGAACUAGAGGUAUUUAAAGGCGAGAAUGUUUUAAAUGCCGUUCCGAAAAUAGAUAUUGAUUACAUCCCAGAGAUGAAUAAUCAUUACAUGGACCUUUAUAAUGUGCAUGCAAACCCACCUUACUUUGCAAUAUCUGGGACAACAGCUUAUAAUCAUAAAAUUUCUCGAACCGCCCGAUCUUCGAUAGAUACAAUUGAAGAUGAAACGCAUGUAUGUAUGAAGAACCUCGAAGGCAUGCGAAUUAAUGCUAGAUUCUACAAAUUAGAACGAUUGAUUGAAUUAGGAUUAGAUUGGACCGAUAUAAACAAUCAUGCGUAUAUAGCAGGACAAAUAGUUUUGGAAUUGGACGUUUGGAAAUUUUCGGUGGGAUGUAUUUGUUUUGUAGAUGAAGACAUAUCUUUUGAAGUUGUGCGAAAGGCUUGGGAGUGUGUCCGUAAAUGGAGAAAGGGUGAAAAUUGUUUCAAAGUACCACCAAUUCUUUACAUUACUGCACCAUCACUUCCUCGGGGAGCUAAAGUUGAAUGGCAAGUUUUGUUACAUGAUGGAAGAAUAAACCACAAACAUUAUGAUGAUUAUUUGGAAGAAGAUUCAAGGAUUUUAAAUUUUGAACCUGUUUCAGGGGAAGAUACUUUAGACACGAUAAAUUCUUGCAUAAUUAAGAUAACCACGUUGUUUAUAAGCCCUAUAUUAAAUAGUGUUAUAACAAUAAAGGUUGAAAAAAGCAUAACACUGACAACGUUAUUAACUUCAAUAAAACUCGGGUUACUCAAAAUACAUGAUCAAUUUCACAAAUACAAUCAUCUGGAGGAUAAAAAUGAUCCAUCUAGUAAAAUAUUUUGGAUCAGCAUGUCAUUUGUUAAAGUUUUUUAUUCAGAGAAAAUUGAAGUUGAUGUUGAAACUUUAGAACGAGGUGUAAAAUCAAUGAUAAACUCCAAGUUCCCUUCAGAUAUGAAACCUGCCAUAACAUUUGUUCCAGUUGUAACUAUUGAUGGUGACUGUACGGCUG